AUGACAACGAUACACACGAUCUACCACACCCCCGCGUCCUCACUCUACAACACCGACCCCUUCAUCAUUGCGCUCUUCUCCCUCAUCUUCACCACGCACCCCACUGCACCCCCGCCCCCGCUCGUCGAAGGUAACAGGGUCCCCAUCGACACCGCCCGUCUGUGCCGCGUCCCCUCCACGUUGUCGAUGACUCCCGCCCACACGACCACCCCCAGCCUCUUUGUCCGCGGGGUCGACGUCACCGCCGUGACGAUGCCCACCAGCUCAAACACAGGCGCACACUCCAAAACAAAACUUGGGUGA